UCCUCUUAUCGAUAUAAAUACGUUUUCGAUAGAAACCUUUAUCCAUCUCUAAUUGUGAUUAUCUAAACAUUUUUUAUGUUAAAAUGAAUAUUAACGUUAGAAUUCUAACUAAAAGUGUGGCACAACAGUAUGCCUUCAAACGAAUUGUCACAUUUUCUACUAAGCCGACACAGCAGGCUGCUGCAGCCGCAGUGCCUCAACAGCAAGAAGUAACUGGUUCGACGGUUCGCAGACCAAUUGUGCCCGCGCACUAUCGGUUUGUCUAUCCCGAGUUUUUGCCUGAUCCCAAAGUCGAAUGGCGCAAUACAAUUCGCGAAAAACUGGAACGUCUAGAUAUGCUCGAUCGUCGGCGCCAAAUUGAGUUACCCGAGUUUUAUGUGGGCUCUAUUCUGGCUGUUACUAGUUCCGAUCCCCAUGCGGCAGGAAAGACAAGUCGUUUCGUGGGCAUUUGUAUACACCGUGAACGCUGUGGGCUACGUGCACGUUUUAUUCUUCGUAACGUUAUCGAUCACCAGGGCAUAGAGGUGGUCUACGAGCUGUACGAUCCGACCAUACAGAAAGUAGAAGUGUUGCGUCUAGAGAAGCGUCUCGACGAUAGUCUGUUUUAUUUGCGCGAUGCACUUCCUGAGUAUAGUACAUUUGAUGAAAAUAUGGAAGUAGAAAGUCUGGAGGAAGGAGCACCCGUGCCAGUUAACGAUAUAAAAGUGGUUCUCCGUCCACGGCCCUGGUUAGAGCGAUGGGAACGUCAAAAUUUGCUUGGAGUUGCAAACAUUGAACAAUAUAUAAAGGACAAGCAUCGCAAAUCUUCCGAAAAAGCGCAGAAGCCAUGGGAAAAAUACGAUUUGAUGAAGCAAUACCGCGCGACCAUACCGGAGGAAGAGCAAAAGGAGAUCUUCGCUGAGGUGCACACCGAGUUGCACACCUUGGAGCUACAGCGCAAGCGCAAUAAAAGGAAACGAACUUUCGUCAAACCCAAGCACCUGGCAUAGAUAAUCCAAGUCACUGCAUUUUAA